GAGGCAGCGCUUGCAGGGAGGUAAAGCAAGGCAAGCUCUCCUGCCCCUCUCCCAUCAUGGCAUCCCUGAAGACCCCAUCUGGCUCUCCCCUGCUGAACACACCGGACUCCUUCCGCGACUCCUUUGCCGACCUGGUGGGCCAGCUCCACGGCAUUGACCCCAACCGCCUCUCCUUCUCACCCUUCCUCGACUUGGACACCCAGAUCUCCCUGGCCCCAGUCUCCGACAGCCCUGAAUCCUCCGUGGAGGAGUUGCGCUCAACUGACGAGGAAGAGGAGGUGGAGGAAGAGGAAGGCCCACUCACGCCCACCCCACCUGCAGCAGAAGACUCACCCAAAUGCCAGUGGUGCCAGCCUCCCAGUCUGCCAGAGCCUUCUGGGCCCCUGGAAGCCAAGGACGGCCCCCCUGCACUCCGAGAUGAAAGCUGCUGCGACUCAGUGGCCCUCCAGAUGCCUCAGGAGACCUCCUUCCUGGCUGGAGACCAGACCGGGCCACAAAAUCCUCUCCCAACCACAGUGGGCAGGGGAAGCCAAACGGGUCUUACUAGAGAGAGGGACCCCUGGCUUUCUCCUGCUGUCCCAGAGGCAGGGAGCAUAGACCCAGACUCAUGCCAUGGCUCAGGAGAUCCAGGCCCCCAACACAGAGGUGGGAGGUGUUCCGGUGACCACAUGAAAGCCGUGGCAUCGGCCUUCGUGGGCUUCCUCUUUGCUCCGUGGGUCCUCUACGGCCUCCAGGCCUCUCUUCCACUGGAGGACCCCAAAUGUCCAGACCUGGCUAGCCGGGUGGCCUUUGCCUUACGCUGCCUCCUGGUCACCGGGAUCCCGAUCCUCCUCGGCAUGAUGCUGAGGGCCUUCUCCAUCUUGUGCCUGGACCCCCUUGGACCGCUGGACGGACGCUCCAGGCCUGCCCUGCUCCACCAACUGUUUGUCGGUGGCUCCGUGGAGCAGUUUGCCAUCUUCAGCCUCAACGCAGUGGUGACAGCAACUUACCUACCCCAGGAGCACCUCUGCCUGGUCCCGAUCCUUGCGGGGCUCUUUUUGGUGGGAAGGUUCUGCUACUGGGCUUGCUUACACCUAUCUAGCACUUACCGGGGCUUUGGAUUCGGCCUCUCCUUCUUCCCGACACUGGCGCUGACAGCUUACAACCUCUUCUGUCUCCACCAGCUGGGCCUGGGCUUCCUUUUCAUGCCCUCACCGGACACAGUUUCCGUUUGCUCCACACCUGUCCCCACCCUCGGACUGACCGUCCCCAAGAGAUGACCAGGACACAGGCACCCAGGAAAGUAACUUUCCUCAAAAUAAAAAUUAUAAUUAAAAAACAACACCUUUCCCCCAAAGCUUUAAGUGGGAUGUCCAGAAAGAAACAGACUAGUUCUUGGCUUAGUAAUAAUAAUAAUAAAGGAUUUCUGGAUAUAAUUUCCAUGGCUUUGAAAUUUUGCAAGCUUUGGGGGGUCUCUGUUCAUCAUUUUCAAACUAACAACCACAUCAAGAAGGCUCAGUUUGGGUCUUCCUUUCUUCAGGGCCACCUGAAAGUGUGUGAUGUUGCAAAGGUGAAGCAUCUAAUAAACUGGGAGGAAGGAAAGAAAGUGUGCCUCUGAGGAUAUACCAAGUGCAUGGAAUAAUUCCAGACCAGGCUCCGUUAAAUCUUAAGUGCCAGGACCUAUUGACAGGCAGCACUUAAGCUCUCAAACUCAUUUGCCAAGCCUCAGUUAUUGGCCACAGUAUUUCUGAGCAUGUACAGAGUGGCUUGCUUCUAUUUUGCACAGCUGGAAUUGGAAGAAUAAAGGGCAAACUUCAAAAUCAGCCUUUUCAGACUGGCAUAGUUUCCAUGCAUCGUGGAAGUGGGGAAAACUGUGUCAGGUUUGUAAAAGCAUCACUUUUGCCAAAUUGGGAAGUUUGCAAACAUCAAUGUGUGUCCUUCUGCUCCAAGGCAGGUCAGAAGCAGCCAUUUUUCCUGUCAGGACCAAAUGCAACCCUCUUUUCUUUUCUUCUUUCCACCUGCCCUCCACCAAAGUAUCACUGUGUGUUCCUAAUUUCUGAUCACCUCAAGGAUACAUGGAUUCCAUCAGAAUCCUGGGACCUGCAGUUUUACAAGGUCUUAGCCAUCUCUGCCAAAGAGGGCUAGUGGCUCACCAAACUACAAAUCCCAGGAUUCUGGAAGAUGGAGCCAUAGCAGUUAAAAAGGUGCCAAACUGUGUAAUUUCUACAGUGUAGAUGCAUCCUUCCUAUUAGACAACCAGGCUUUCACCCCUCAAAAAACAAAAGAGUAAGAGAAUGGAGGAGAGAUGGAGAGGCUGGCUUGGGUGAAGGAUUUAUU